AUGCUCGCAUCUUUUGCUGACCGUCUUGACAAAAUGAAAAUCAUUCUUGGCUCACAGAGCCCUCGCCGUCGUGAACUUCUUUCAGGAAUUUUCAAGAAAUUCGAAGUUAUUCCAUCCGAAUUUGAUGAAUCAACCAUCAAUAAGUUCUCUUUCCCAGAUCCAAGAGAUUUUGUCAAGGUUCAAUCGCAAAAGAAGGCCGAGGAACUUGCAAAUCGUAUUGGUGAUGCUGAUAUUGUAAUCACAGCAGAUACAAUUGUUGCUAUCGAUGGAAAGAUCCUUGGCAAGCCGCAUACUCAUGAAGUUGCUUACCAAAUGAUCAGCGAACUCAAUGGUCGUCCACACCAAGUUAUCACUGGCGUUCAUGUUGUAUUUCCAAAACUUAAGAAGUCACUCUCAUUCACAGAAACAACACAAGUUAUCUUCGACAAGCUUCCAGAAGCUGCUGUCAAAGCUUACGCUGAUUCAGACGACCCACUUGAUAAGGCAGGCGCUUACGGUAUUCAAUCAGGAGCUAUGUCCCUCAUCAAGAAGAUCGAUGGCGACUACUUCAAUGUUGUCGGUCUCCCAGUUAACCACCUUGCCAGAGAAAUUUACAAUGUUCUUGCUGAGACAGCUUGA